AAUACUGUACAUCUCUGAGAUGUAACUGUGUUGUCCGAUGGGGAGCGGUGACCUACCCGCGAAAGCUCAUCUCAGGACUGAGAGGCAGGAGAUCUUGGGCAAGCCGCUUAAGUGACCCGUGCCUCAGUUUCCCUACCCGUAAAGUGAGGCGGGUAACGGGCAAGUCACGCGGGGAGGAAGCAUAGCGAGGAUCAAUCCAUGCAAGCGGGUUAAAGCGCUCUGGGAGGGGCAGGAGCUGGGACCUGCCCGGAGAAGCCUUUUGAUGAAGUCCCUGCUCAGCUGCUGAAUCCUCCACGCCAGCAAAAUGCACCCCCUGGAGCCAGCUCCCCUGCCCGUCCAAGCGGCUCCCACGCGUGAACUCCAGCCACCCGGGCUCCCGCCCCCGCCCCCGCGAGCCCCCGGACCGUGCAAUCAGCGCGGCCCUCCGCUCCCUCCACCCGCGCUAGGAGGAGGAACCUAGGGGGACGGAGAAGGGGUCUCCUCCUCUGCCCCCCCUCCCCUCCCAGCUGGCGCAUGCGUGAUAGCUCGGGGCUGCUCGUCGGGCUAGCGGAGGGAGGGAGCCGCCGGGAGCGCUCGGGUGCCGCCGCCUGUUGCACCAGCGCCCCGUGCCGCCAGCCAUUGUCCCCCGCUCCCCGCCGCCGCAGGAGGCCAAGCAGCCCCGCCCGCGGGGUCUCUCUUGGAUUUUAAUAUCAGAAAAUUGUGUGUCUCUAAUGAGAACUUUGCUUAGUGUUCGGGUCAUGAAACUUAAUCCACAGCAAGCUCCAUUAUAUGGUGACUGUGUUAUUACAGUGCUGCUGACUGAAGAAGAUGAACUUGAAGAUGAUGUAGUUUUUUACUUGGUGUUUACUGGCUCCACUGUCCAACACUGUACAAGCACUAGAAAAAUUAAUCGUGGGACACUGGAGACCAUUGCUCCCGGCCAUGACUGCUGUGAGACAGUGAAAGUGGCACUUUGCACUGCCAAGGAAGGGCUUCCUGUUCUAGUGGUGGCAGAGGAAAGUUUUCAGUUCAUUCAGGACGAGGCCUAUGAUGCAGCUCAGUUCCUAGCAACCUGUGCUGGCAACCAGCAAGCACUGAACUUCACAAGAUUCCUGGACCGGUCAAGGCCUCCCUCUGGAGAUGUGGAUUUUCUGGAUGAGAAAGUGGCUUUGGCAUUUCGGCAUCUGAAACUGCCAGCAGAAUGGAAUGUGUUGGGAACAGACCAGACACUUAAUGAGAGUAGCCCCCGGGAGACGUUGUUGCAUUUUGCAGUGAGGCUGGGCCUUCUGAGGUUGACAUGGUUUCUGCUACAGCAGCCAGGUGGAAGAGGAGCUCUUUGCAUCCACAACAACGAAGGGGCUACACCUGUGAGCUUGGCGUUGGAGCGGGGCUAUCAGAAGCUGCAUCAGCUUUUGACAGAAGAGGAAGCUGGUGAACCGGACUCUUGGAGCACUUUGUCUCAUAUAGUGCACUCGGGGGACUACUGUGUGAAAUACCACCUUGGGCUGAACGUUUAUAUGCUAACGGCUGAAGCCAAGGAAGGAGCAAAGGCCAGCAUGGAGCAUGACAUAGAGCAGCUUCGGCAAUACAUAGCGAGCCACCAGCACACGAAUGCAGCGAAACAGCCAGAGCCUGAGCUGAGAACUUCAGAGGAUAACUGCAAUAUAGGAACAGAGGUGGAGGGUUUUCCGGCUGCUGCAGCCCCCCUCUCAGAAGAAAUGCCAACAGAAGGAAGCAAAGAAUGCCCUUCUGCACUAGUUAACUUUGAUGUGAGGCAGCUCUCAGCCCCAACAGGCCACAAAGAGAACCAGUGUGACAGUGCGAGUUUGGAAGUGCUUAACGACACAUCAAGUGAUUUGUUGAGCCUGGCGGGUAUAGACAACCCAGGGUUUUCCUGUGAAAGUAAAAAUACAGCUACGUUGAGUAAAAAGGAAGAGGAGGGGCCAACCGCUGUUGUAGACUCUGGGACUGUAUCAGAUGAAAAUGACUGCACACUGAGCUCAGGUACUGGAGUAAAUGGUGCUGCAAGCCUUCCAUCCUGUGGAAAUACAAAUGCGGAAACCGGAAUGACAUCCAGUGGAGUUGUUUUGAGUCAAGCCAGCCUGUGUAGUAGAGAUAAUACCCAACAGGAAGUGCAAGUCGUUGAAGAGUGCGCAACUGAAAGCACUGUUGCUGUGGCUGAAACUGCAUGCGAAGCCCCAACGCCCUGUGAGGGUGUGGAUGUGGCUAUGGGCCAGGCAGAAUGCAAGACCUGUACAGGGUCUGUGGAUGCUGCUUCAAUCCAGCAGCAUGUGGAGAAUGGAAAGGAUGAGACCCGGGGCUUAAGAACUUCAAAUCUGAAAGAGCUGCCCCCAGCAAGUGGGGUGCUGAUCCAUGCUACUGAGCCCUUACUUGCAGUGUCACCGAAAUCUCCAAGAGAAGGUGGGGAAUGUAGAGCUGGACAAGGGAUGCAGGCACAGGAUAAUGCAAAUGUACGUGUUGACAGGGAUAUUGUCCCUGUUGGCCAUUGGGACACAAGAGGCAGCAAGGAGAGUGGAACAGACUCGAACACCAAAAGUGCAGAGAUCGGUUUGCCAGUGGGCGUAGUCCAAGGUGACCCCUUUGCAAAGCAGAGGCAGAGUAUGAUUCCCAACACUGGAGAGGAGCUGAUGGUUGUGGCUGAGAUAAAGGUUUCAGAGAUUGCAUUGGAGCGUGAUCAUGUUGUUCUGGAAGUGAACAACAAUAGUAAGAGUGGUGAGCAGGGCGUGCAGGCAGAAGAUGGAAACGCAGACAUUGGGCUGAAUGCACUGGCUUUGAGUGGAAUGAAAAACAAUCCCCUUGACAGGCCUGGUCCAAGUGAUGCGGAGUCUGUGUGUUGCCUUGAAAGCAGUAAAACCACUGUAAUUCUAGCUGAAGGCAAAGGUGACAGUGAAGCUCUUAAAAAGAUGUCACUGAGAACUGAAACUACUGGCAGAGGAAGCACAGAUUCAGCAGAGGAAGGCCAGGGGUCUGCUGGCAAUUGCCACACUGAGAAUCAAGCUAUUUUAAAAGGUGAAAUGUGUGACAGCUUAAAACCAAAGACUGCUUCAGCUAGCAAAUGUGAGCCUGGGUCACAACCUCCACUUGACGCAGGUUUGUCCUCAGCAGAAAAAGAGCCUCUGCAAAACCAAUUGGUGACAUCAGAAAGUAUUUCCGAACAGGAGGGGGUUGGCAAGCAAAUGAAAUCAUUUUUGUCUCCCUUAUUUAAAGGAGAUGUGCAACAGGGACAGGCAAUCGGUCAGGAGAGAGAUGCUGCAGUGGCACCUCCAGGACAGGAGGCGUCUGUGCAUGGUAAUGAUCCUGUCUUCUCUUCACGUGGCAUGGGGACAGAGUGUAUCCAGGAUAAUUUAAUGGACACACCCUCUGCAAUUCAUAAUAAAGAAUCUAAACAAAACCAGGAAGUAGCAGCAGGAGCAGAGGCGGCAGUGCUCGUUGAACAGGACAGUUCUGUGCAUCGUAAGAUAACAGCAGAAACUAGUUUGCCUAAAGACAGUGUGGAAAAAGAGGACCCUGAUGAGAAAAGUCUGUCAUCGCCGGCUGAAGAGAGCAAAGCUGAACCCAGUCAGGAGCUGUGUGAAAGUGGGACACUUGGCAAAGAAAAGGGUUUGUCCGAGGAGCCUGCUGCUGCUGCUACUGUGAAAUCCUCUGUUUGCCGUCAGGGAGGGGAAUCUGCAGCAGAUGACAGUAACACAGAUAUUGGGCUGAAAGGGGAAAUCUCCUGUCAGGAAACGGAUGACAAUGCAACAGUGGAUGCAGAAGAAAGUAUUGUACAAGGGUCUGAAUCAGAGUACAAAUCGCUGGAUGCGAAGAAUGACCCUCCUCCCGACACAAUGUUGAACCAAGAAUGUGAUCUCAGUCAGGGGGCACAGGGAGGGUCUCUGCAAAACAAAUCACCAGAAUUAAAGGAGGUCUCUGUUAUGGAAGCACCUUCUGUUGCCUUUGAGAAUAAGGCACCUCUAGGUAUAGCUGAGACAUCCACAAUACUAGGUGGUCCAGAAGAGGAGGAGGAUAUGAACAAUGUACUCUCCAGAGCAUCACUUCAGCCUAUUGCAGAAGAACCCCCCUGCGACAGCGACUCCAGCACUGACACUGUCUGUCUGGCCAGUGAGAGCGAAGCUGGGUCUGAAGUGAAAGAAGCUCAGCAACAGGUCUUGGAUUGGCCCAACAAAGACCAAGAGGAGCAGAGCAAUGCCAUGCUGGAAGCGUGUCUCUCACAGUCACAGCCACACAAUAUAAAUGCUGCUGCUGAGCUUACAGAUGAUGUUGGGGCAAAGAGCUUGGUUCCAGAGGCUGAUGGCUCCUGGCUGGAUAAAGUUGCCAAUAGGGUGAAAAAUCCUGAUGGAUUUGUUUCUAUAUUGGAAACACCUUCUGUCCCUGAGUCUUCAGUUGGGAAGCUAGAGAGUGUACCUGUUGGGGUUCUCUCCCCAUCCCCUUCCAAAGCCAGAGUGAUUAUGGGAGACAUCUUUAAUGGAGAAAUGGAUUUAAGUUUGCAGUUUGAUGAACCAAUGAAAAGGGGGGAUGCAAGCUCAGAAGUCCUAGGAUCUGAGCCUGUUACAGAAAAGCUGGAGAUGAAAAUUGAAGAUGAGGUGGAUUUUUUGAAAGACCUCAGAGAGCAUGCAGUUUCUGAAGGAACAAUAAAUCGUGAAAGCUGGUGUUCAAUAGAGCCAUGUUCAGAUCCGUCGCUGCUGGAGCCGACGCAAACUCAUGAAUCUAGAGAAUGUGAACAUUUCCUGGAGGAUGGGCUGAGUAGAGACUGUGCCUCAUCGCAGGGUGUCCUGAAAAGAGAAACUGGAAUCGAGUCUGAACUCUUCCAUUUGCCUGGCGAUGGGAUGGAUGACAUCGUCUUUGGAAAGCCUGAAGAGGAACAGUGUGCUUGCGAUGUCACCAGUUCCAGCUCAUCGGCAGAUGACACAGUGUCUUUGGAGAGGAAUUCCUCCCUUGGGAGUGACAUAUCCCUUCCACAUGCUCUAAACCUCAACAGGCCUAAGGAGAGGCACAUUGUGGAUGGAAGCUGCAUUAACAUGGGAGCCGCAGGGGGACGGGAGAGUGAACUUGGUGGCUCAGGCGAGAUGGAAGAAGAGAUGGACAGUAUUACAGAAGUGCCUACCCACUCCUCUGUCUUAAGAAAUUCCAUGCGACCACUGUCACCAUUCCGACGGCACAGCUGGGGGCCAGGGAAGAAUGCUGCCAAUGAGGCAGAAAUCAAUCACAGGAGUUCAAUGCGAGUUCUGGGGGAUGGUAUAAGGAAGCCUCCCAUUCAUAGGAGAAGUUUGAGCUGGUGUCCCUCUGGAGUACAGUACAUUACCAUGGGUGCUGACUUUAAUUGUAGAAGUUACAGCCUAGAAGGCCUUGCAGGAGACUCCGAUGAUAACAAGAAGCCCUCCUCAAAUUUAGAGACUUCCUCUUUGAGUUCCAAAGACCUCAGGCGAAGUCCACUUGCUAAUGAUGAACGUGGCUCCUUGGUCUCACUCACUGAAGAGGAAGUAGAAUCUGAGCAGGGGGAAAUCAGAGGGUUUGACCAUCAGACACACCAAAGAUCACAACCACAUGGAUUUAGUUUCUGUACUUCUGCCACUUCUCCGCUGACCAAAUCUAUUUCGCUAAUGACAAUCACUCAACCAGGACUAGACAGCACACGAUCGUUCAGCAGCACCAGUAGUUCAUUGUCUCAGAGUGUGUCUGAAGAGAGCGGCAACUUCCUGCCUCCCAGCCCCUCCAGGAAAGAUUUAGAAGGGAAAAGUGGAACAAAAGUCAGUCGCACCUUCAGCUACCUCAGGAAUAAAAUGUCCAGCAGCAAGAAGAGCAAAGAAAAAGAGAAAGAUAAGGAGAAGACUAAAGAGAAGGACAAAGAUUCCAAAGAGAAAGAAAAAGACAAGAAGAUGUUAAAUGGACACCUCUUCAGUGCAACCCCUACUGUGGGUUCAAUCAACUGUUACCACUGUAUGAAACCUUUCAACAAAGAUUCACACCUCUGUGCAAACUGCAAUGCAAUUGUUCACAAAGGCUGUAAGGAGAGUCUCGUAUCCUGUGCAAAAGUCAAAAUGAAGCUGCAAAAAGGGAUGCUUCAGGCACACGAUACCUCUUCGUUACCCACAGUAAUUAUGAGAAACAAGACCUCACAACCUAAGGAGCGCCCUCGGUCUGCAAUACUUGCCCCUGAUGAGAGCACCGUAACCUCAAUAUUCAAUAACAGGAGAUCACAGCAGACCACAACACUUUCAAAAAGCGUCUCAAUACAGAACAUUGCAGGAGUUGGCAAUGAUGAAAGCAUAGUACAUACUUGGAAAUUCCUGUCACAGUCAACAGACUCUUUACAUAAAAUCAGCCGGGUGAAUGAAUCCACGGAGUCGCUAACUGAUGAGGGUGCAGACAUGAAUGAAGGACAGCUCAUGGGGGACUUCGAGAUGGAUUCCAAGCAGCUGGAGGCAGAAUCCUGGAGUCAAGUAGUGGACAGCAAGUUUUUGCGGCAGCAAAAGAAGGAUGUCGUCAAACGGCAAGAUGUCAUAUAUGAGCUGAUGCAGACAGAGAUGCAUCAUGUCCGCACUCUGAAGAUCAUGAGUGAUGUGUACAGCAGGGGGAUGGUGCAGGAGCUGCAGUUUGAACAGCAAAUGGUGGAAAAGGUCUUUCCUUGCCUGGAUGACUUGCUGAACAUCCACAACCAGUUCUUCCAGCGGAUUCUGGAGAGGAAGAAAGAGUCCCUCAUGGACAAAAGUGAAAAGAACUUUGUUAUCAAGAGGAUAGGAGACAUCCUGGUGAAUCAGUUUUCCGGUGAGAAUGGGGAGCGAAUGAAGAAAACUUACGGCAAAUUCUGCGGGCACCAUAACGAGGCUGUCAAUUAUUUCAAAGACCUGCAGUCAAAAGAGAAGCGUUUUCAGGCAUUCAUCAAGAAAAAAAUGAGCAGCACGGUGGUGAGGCGCCUGGGGAUACCUGAAUGCAUCUUACUAGUAACUCAGAGGAUCACAAAGUAUCCCGUGAUACUACAAAGAAUAUUACAAUAUACCAAAGAAAACGAAGUGGAACAUCAAGACUUGACCCAGUCACUAAACCUGGUUAAAGAUGUGAUUGCUGCGGUCAAUAGCAAAGUCAACAACUAUGAAAAGAAAACGCGUCUUACUGAGAUCUACACCCGGACGGACAGCAAGUCGAUCAUGAGGAUGAAGAGCGGCCAGAUGUUUGCCAGGGAGGACUUGAGACGUAGGAAACUCAUCCGAGAUGGACCUGUCUCACUGAAAAACACAGCUGGGAGACUGAAAGAGGUCCAGGCUGUCCUCCUCUCAGACAUGCUGAUAUUCCUUCAGGAAAAGGACCAGAAGUAUGUCUUUGCCUCAUUGGACCAGAGAUCCACUGUAAUCUCUCUGAAGAAACUGAUUGUACGAGAAGUGGCCCAUGAGGAAAAGGGUUUAUUCCUGAUUACCACCGUAGUGAAAGAUCCAGAGAUGGUAGAAGUCCACGCCAGCUCCAAGGAGGAACGCAAUAGCUGGAUACAAAUAAUUCAGGACACAAUUAACACCAUGGACAAAGAUGAAGAUGAAGGAAUCCCGAGUGAAUCAGAACUGGAGAAGAGGGUAUUGGACACGAAAGCCAGAGAGUUAAAAGAACAGCUUCAGCAGAAAGAUCAGCAGAUCCUAGUGCUGCUGGAGGAAAAGGAGAAGAUUUUCCGGGAUAUGACUGACUGUAGCAUGCCAGAGGAUGGCUCGGUCUCCAGAGUGUUGUUCAGGUCCAAUACAGAGGAGGCACACAAAGGGGAGACCAUUAUGAAAAGUGCAAUAAACGAGGUUGAAUAUUUGCAGAGCUUAAUCAGUAGGAGUCUAGGAAGUGCACUUGGGGCUGCUGACCUGCUGCCAAACUCUGAGCAAGAAGGGGGAGUUGGCCCCAUCUCCCUUCCUAGAAGAGCAGAAACUUUUGGAGGAUUUGACAGUCAUCAGAUGAAUGCAUCCAAGUGUGGAGAGAAAGAUGAAGGUGAUGAUGCUCAGGAUCUUCGGAGAACAGAAUCAGACAGCAUUUUGAAGAAGGGCGGAAAUGCUAAUUUGAUGUUCGUGUUGAAAAGAAACAACGAGCAUGUUCUCCAAAGCAUUACCUGCCUCCACAAGCUGCUCAGCACUUUGCAGGCUGUAGUGUUGCAGCAGGAUACUUAUAUUGAAGAUCAGAAGCUGAUUCUCAGUGAGAGAGCGCUGACACGGAGCUCAUCCCGGCCAAAUUCCUUGAUCGAGCAGGAGAAACAGCGGAGCCUGGAGAAGCAGCGGCAGGAGCUGGCUAACCUGCAGAAGCAGCAGGCCCAGCACCAGGAGGAGAAGCGGAGGAGGGAGAAGGAGUGGGAGGCCCGGGAGAAGGAGCUGACAGAGCGGGAGGUGUGGCUGACCCAGCGAGAGGAGCAGGCACAGAAGGGGCACAAGGAUCUGGAAAGGGAGAAGGAAGAGCUGAAGUGGAGGAAAGAAACCUACCAGAUGGAUCUGGAGCGGCUGCGCGCAGCACAGAAACAACUGGAAAGGGAGAAGGAUCAACUCAAGAGAGAUGUGGCACGAUUACCCCCAGUGCAGAUGGAGCCUGACCUCAGACAGGUUUCAAAUCCCCAUGAUAAAACAGUGAGGAUUCUCUCCCAGCCCACUGCUGAGGACUCCAUGCAGCACGGUUCUUCCAUACCCAAACAGGGGCACUUUGAUGCAGGACUGUCUGUGUCGUCCAAAAGGAACAGUCUCUCAAGGACACACAAAGAGAAAAGCACUUUCCACUUGCUUAGCGCAACGAACCAGACUAACAAGGCAGCCGAGGUGCAGCAGCCCACCCGCCUCUUCGGUUUAUCCAAGCCAAAGGAGAAGAAGGACAAGAAGAAAAAGGGCAAAGGACACCGCUCCCAACCUGCUGAUGCUCAUUCAUCAGAAGCACCACCAGAGGGCGAGGAGAUCUUCUGCUGAAUGUCUGCUCCUAAUUCUGCAGGGAUGAGCCUCCCUCUCCACUGUACGUGUUAGAAGCUAUACAGGCAUCUGAGGGGGCCAAAGCAUGAGCAGCUCUCCCUCUGCACAUCAGUCAUUCUCAGCCUUUGUACAGUGGAAACCUCCCCUCCCACAUUUUGCAGCACACUCCUGGCUCCUGCACCCGACCAGCUCUCCAUGUGUUAAAUAAAACAUUUGUAAAGGCUGCAGAUGGUGGGAAAGGGGCUCUGUCCUGCGGUUUUUUUAAUGAAUUUUGGCUGCAGAGGCUGACUACAUUGCAAAUAGCACCCAUUUCGGGUGCAAAUCUUGGUUGAAAGUAGGAAUGGAUGUUCCCAGUCUCUUCUUAUUGCUAAAGGAUGAAAGACUAUGGCCCAAGGGGUCUGUGCCUCCAAAUUCUUCUUUCCUGGGGAAUACAACCAAAACCAAGUAUUUAGCAAAAGGCCAGGACUCUGCAAAUGGUGCAUACACACUGGCAUAUAUAUAUAUAUGUAUGUAUGUAUGUAUGUGUCUGUGUAUCCACUGGGAUAUACUUACAGUCUGUACAGACAAGCUGGGUUAGCUUAGCUCAGUCCAAGGAUACCUGAUGACUUUCAGGGAGCAUGUAGAUAUUAAAUAUCUUAGCCUUAAUGCUCAGAGUGUAUCUUUAUUGGCCCUCAUGCCCCUUCCAAGCACAUUGUAUGUUACAUGCUUCAUUUCAGAAAGGUACCAAACACUAAGCAGCAGCAACAGUGGAAAAAAAAUACAAUCAAAAGUUACUCCCAAGGAUUUCUUUGGGGCAGAGGAAUUAAAAUUUAAUCCAUUUCCAGCACCAAACAGAAUGUCUUUGGAUAUGUUAAAAACAUGAUCCGGAAAGGAAAAAGGAUGCUGUUCUUGUGAAGUAAUCCCAGGAAGCCAGAACAGACUAUGUUCAAGUGACAACUGCUUUUUAAUGUGUAUGUGUGAGUUACAGUCUAUUCCCUCCUCUUCCCGAGCAAGGCUUCCUUUGUCAAAUUACAUUUCUCCAGCAAGAAGUCAUUUGGGAUCAACACUGUUUUGUUACAAAUUCACUGUCCCAUCGUAAAAAUCUGUGAGAACCUUCCAUUUGGGAAUCACUUUUUUUAACCUACUGCUUGUGGUUUCCUUCCCCUGGCGUUUCUUAGUGAUGCCAUCUGUAUGAUCACUGGGCUUCUGUUUCUCCAGAUUCCAUCAGCUCCUAUAGCUCAUUUCUAACCCAAAGCAACAUCAUAGCAAUUUCUAGAGCACUCAAACGAGAUGGCAGAGGUUGUAACCUGAGGUGGGGAACAACUUGUGUGAGCAGAUGAACAGGAAGGAACACAAAGCCCAGUAAUUAUACAUGUACAGUACUGUGUGCUUACAUACACUUACUGGAGAGACAGUGUGUCCUAAUGGACUGAACAUUGUAUUGCAGGUCAGGAGCUCCAGAGUCCUGCUCCCAGUACCAUCAUUGAUUCACUGUGUGCAAGUCUCCUAGCCGCUCUUUGCCUCAGUUUCUCCAUCUGCAUAAUUGGGAUCAUAAUCAUUACCUGUGAGAAUUAGCAGAUGUGCCCUCAGUGCAUUCGUGAUGCAAGGUGUUAUACAAAUGCUAAGUAUGGUGGUAAUGUGUGAAGACCAAGGGAGAUACAUGCACAAAGCUGAAUUGUUUCUAAAUUCAUUGUUCUUUCCACACGCCUCAGGAGAUUUACCUAAGCAGAUUUGUAAAUGUCAUGAGACUCUGUCUGCUUCAAUCCCUUGAGCAGUUUGAAGCUGUUGCAGUCAUUUCUUUUCCCACAGAUUCUCCUUUUUAAAAAAAUUUUGCACUAUGUUUUGAUUCUGAUUUGCUUUAUAUCGCCUCACAAGCUAGUUACAUGCAGUAGAUUUCAGAAUUCAGUGCUAGCAUCUUUAAUAAUGAGCAACAGCAACAUGAGUGCUUAGAUUGGUCUGUCUCAAUCAGUGGGGGACUCCUGAAUAGCCUGCUUGCUUUUGAAGCUCUCUAAACAAUUCAUGCUCAAAAAACAAAACAAAAAAAAAGUAAGAUGUUUUCUGAGGUUAUCUUUUUGUUUUGUUUUUUUAAAUAUUAUUUGGUGCUUGUUCUUAAUUGCAAGCUGGGCUUGCAAAAAUAUUUAUCUUUCUGUUUAUUUGAAAGAGGUCUGGUUUAGAAAAAAGUUUAUUUUGUUUUAUUUUUUUAUUUUUCUUUUGUUUUUUUAAAGAUGAGCUUGAUCAACCCAAUGGUUUUAUUUUGUCAUUGCAUAAUACAAAACCAGGGUGUGUUCAGUGCUGCAUAGCAGCCCGUGUCCUGCCUGAAGAGCGGUUAGGUACAAGUGAUUCCAGCUGGAGAGCUGCCUUCAAGGCAAAGUAUCUCCAGGCCAGACAAAAAUUUGGGAAGAGAGGCAGUGGUUUUUGUCUGGAACCUUACUGGCCCUCCAUUUUCUUGUUUAAACAGGUUUGUUUUAUAUAUUCCCAUACCUUUCUGAGGCAAGAUAAAAUGCCAAAUUUUGCUCUUGGUGUAUGGGCCUGAUUCGCUGCCAUCGGAAAUCAAUGGGUGUCUCUCCAUUGGCUUCAGCGGGCAUUAAUUCAUGCCCUAAGGCUGGAGUGUGAUUUUUAGAAAUAGGAAAAAACAACAGCCACAGCUAAUUUAAAGAACCUCUGCCCUAAUAUUCGCCUGCUUGUGAAAGUGAAUGUGCUGAAAGGAAAUUCUGGAACUCAAUCCAGUGUAUGGCAUGGUUACCAAUUUGUACACAGAACUUAGCUGGCUAAUAUUUUUGAAGGAUUCCAUUUAGUUUGUAGGAGCGUUUGCCCGUGUGAGUGCUUUCUUCUGCCCCAGUGGUAAAUCUCCCUAAAGCCAGCACUUCUUGAACUUACAAAACGGCACUCCUGAAUAGAGGCACAUCACCUAGGGGCAGUGGGGAUGAAAUCCCAUGGCUGAAUUGCUUGUCUCUCUAGUCCUGUUGUAAAUAGAAUGGCAUUCAAGGAACUAUAUAAGCUCAGUCUGUGUUUCACCAGGCGGUUGGCUGCCCAUGUUAUCAAAGUUAUUUGUGUUUGUAUUGUGGUGAACAGAAACCCUUUGUCAUUGGAGGAUACAAAUUGCUGUGUGAUUUGAUUAUAUUAGAUUAAAGCCUGUAGUCCCACCCUCCUCUUUCCUCCAUUUUCAUUCAUUUUUAGGGAACUGAAGGUUUUUAUUAUUUAUCCAUUUUGCUCAAGUUUUCCUUGAUAGGUUGGAACUCGUCCAUGGAGAUGGAUUCCCACUCUGAUCCCUGCAGAUGAUCCAGCAUUACCCAGUUAGUGCAUGGUCCCAGGGGUAGUGUUAAGUGGGUCAGUUUUUGCAGCACCAGUGUUUUAUUAAUUUCCUUUCCUGGCCUUAAUUAAUGAAUUAUGUUUGUUCCACUUCCAUGCUUGGCAUCUAGCUCGUGUUUGUUGAGUGCACUUUAUUUCUUAGCCCGAACCUGACAUCCCACUAGGCUUCUAAGGCCUGGUCCUCUCAAAAGUCACCCACUAUGUAUUGUGCUGCUCUGCAUGACAGCCAGGUUCAGAAGUGGCUGCGUGAAUUCCGUGCUGGUGCGGGGAUAAGAUUAAUUUGCAAGGAGCUGCAGUUUGAGCUCCCUUUGCUACUUUGUCAUUGAUGGGAGGGUCAGAUCUCCCUUAGGCCUGUGGCAAGGCUUGGCAUGGUAACUCUUACUACACAGUAGAAGGAGCUUCAGUGAAUAGCAUAGUGAGGGAUGUAAUUUUGGCAUGAAAUAUAUCGGGGAGUCAGUAUUGGGGAACUUCUGGCCACGCCAGCAAUCUGUGAUCAGACUGCAGCUGUAGCAAACGGUCUAUAGAAUCAAAGGGAUUGCCUGGGAUUUGAUGUCAGCAUCUUUUAAAUGAAGUGAUCAUCUCAGUAUAUAAGUUUCUAUGUUGUUCGAUGCCAUAAAAUGCUUUAAAUGGAAUCUGUCUUGUCACUUCCUUCGCUGCUUUUUGGUUAUAUUGAGACAAUCGGACAAAUUCCUUCCUCUCCCCAUCCCUAGUACAAUCUGGGAAGGAGGUUAGACGUUACAAAAUAUUUAAGUGUGAAGUCUGCAUAAUUUAGGCUUUAAAGAGAUUUAGGAGCCGUGGUGGGAAAGAAUCUUUCCAAAUUUUUUUUUUUAGCCCAAAGUUCAGAAAGUAUGAAUUUUACCUCUGUCCCCUUGGAAAUGUAGUGAGCUGAGAACCGUCUCUUUCCUUGUGGGACUCAUCUAUUGCUCAGCCUUUUGGUUAGUUUCUUCAGAAACUUAGCCCAACUCCCUAGCCUGGAAGACUCAUCUUACAUGUGACGCUGGAGGAAAAUCAAGAGCAGCAAUGCUGCCAGAGGGUUAGGCAGGGCAGGAGGGAUUGGCUUCCCGCAGGGUAAAGUAGAGACAUGGCAUUGGCAUCGGUAUCGAUAUCACCUCCCUAGCAAGGGUGGAGAAUGCUGUGUAAAGAGCAAUGCUACCAUUGAGGUCUUAUUUUCUAUUUCCUCUUUCUCUAGUAAGAAACCCAGAGUAAGGGGUAUAGCCAGUGAGUGAAGUGCAAUGAGGCUAUUUCCAUGUACUAAGAUCUUUACUAUGCAGUACAUCCAUGGACCUCAUAGGCUAUGUCUCUGGGAUGGGAGCACUUGCUUUCAGUUGAGAUGGCCGGAGCUUUUCACUACACAUAGCUCUUGAAGUCUGACCACAGGUAUAAAUUUAGAUUGGUCUGAUUUAUAUUUUCUUUCACGGGUAUUUGUAGAGUCUGGUAAUCUUCACAUCUUUGGGUUCCUAAAACACCCUGAAGCUUUCACUGAUCCAGUCCAUUAUGCAAGAGAGCCUUGAAGACAUCGGGCUAGGGAGAGCGUAGUGGGUGCCAAAUCUCAUGGGAGUUGUCUGGGAUAGCUGGAUAGUUGGGCAAGGGAAGACUGGUCAGAGGUGGCAACAAAGGAUUUGAUUGCCCCUUUAAACUUAGCAUAACAUUCCUUGUUAACCGGAACUCUGGAAACUAUUCUGCCUGCUGGCCAGGUUUGUAAACUUAAAAUAAUUUAAGUUAACCUAUGAAAUAAAUCAUCCCCGAGUACUCGUAAUUCUUAUUUUAUUUGUCAGAAGGGGCAGCGAUCCAUGAUUAGUUCUCUAUCCAAUGAUCUCGCUAAGUUUUAAAGAUAGGCAAGCUGAACUGGUUUAGUCUUGGACCUCUCAUGCUCUUGAGUAAUUGGAAGACCACUAUCAGUAUACCUUUUAGGGUCUCAUUGCCUUUUCCCAUCACAUGCACUUCACUGACAUUGAAGCUCAGCCCUAAAAUAUUCUGCUUCCGUUGCCUGGAGGGAAAAAGGAUGUAGUUCUUUACAUACAGCAGUAAGCUUUGUGUGUAUUUUUAAGAGUUUGUACAUACGGAUCACAUUCACAGUCUUAUGUAUUUUUAACUCUGUUCUUUAUUGGUGAUAAACACUGACUCAGAACAUCUAUGUCCAGUUCAGUUUGCCUAUGGUUAAAGUUUAGCCUCGUGUUUAUUUUGUACUAAUCUGGAAUGCACUAGAGCAAUCCACAGAAUGUUGAGGAUGUGCGUUAUAAUAACACUCUAUACCUCUGCAUCCAGUUCUGGGGGGGUUUUUUAUGCUUUGCAUUUUUUCAUGUUGAAUCUGUAAAAUAAAUAAAAAUAAAAAAGUUAAACAUUGCAAAAAUGAAAUUUAAAAAAAUAGGGUAAAACAAUUGCUGUAUGUUAAUUUGUAAUUAUGUAAAAAGUGAGCUGGUUAUUGACUGUAAAUUCUUCAGUUUUUCUGUAAUUUGCCAGAAACCAUCAGGUUUUGUAACAAGCUUUUAUUUAUCUUCCUUUCUAGUUAGCAGCAGCAUCCUCUUGUAAAGUCAUUUUUUUUCCUCUAAAUAAAUUUGAUUUUAAGUCUGA